AUGGCGACUGCAUUGCUUCACGCUAACACGCUAAUAGCCGGAUUCGUCACCCUGGGCCUGUUCUGUGCGGUCGUCUCUGGCGAGAAGUUUCACUUUCCCGACUUUGUCGCCAUCGAGCACAACGAAAGCCCGGUGUGUGGUGGAUGGAUCAUCGAUAAGCCGUUCCGGAGGUACGUCCUUACGACGGAACGGUGUGCCACGCGCGCUCCUCCUCGGGACUUACUCGUACGCCAUGGUACGGCGCGAGUAACCUGGAGGACGUACAGUAGUGGUGUCGAUCGGAUACUGCAUCACCCAUCUCAUGAUCCCCGGCAGCGGCUCGUGGUGCUCAGCACCUUUGGGAAGUUCCCCAAACAACCGAUACCCGGAGGCGAAGGACCGGCGCUGAGCGAACUCUACAAUGGCACGGUGGUGCUCGGUUGGCGCCGGAACCAGGCGGGCUUCUUGGAGAAAAGUAUCCUGAUUCUGGAGAACCACGAACUCGAUUUCGCCCCGACGCUCGUGGGUCACCUGCUUUGCAACGAACCGGAUACGUUCCUGGUGGAGGGUGGAUUGCUGGUGCGUAAUCUGAAACCGUACGCCAUGCUGUCGGUGGUUCCGGACGAGACUGGCCGGUGCGGGAUGGCGGUGGACGUGGUGGAUGUGGGGAGUGCUACUGCGGGCAGCCAGUGGAGUUUGGCCAUUUUGCGAGACUACGUAGAGGGUGCCGCAAAGCUGGAGGACUCGUCGGAGACAUCGGUGCACUCCGUAACCGAUCCCAACACGCUGUUCGGGUACAUCGUCUACAUGAUCUUCCUGGGAUACAGUAUGCUCUACACACUGCUCUACUUUGUGUUCGGUGUCGGAGGUCUCUACGCCAGCACGUCGUUGUAG